AUGAAUCAAACACUUGAAGCUUUCCCUCAUGGUGAAUGGGAAUGCUUUCAAAGAAUGUUUGCAACUGAAGAACAUGAUGACUCACCACCACAAUUACUUGAUCAAACCUCACUUCUGCUAAUGGAAGAUCAUGGCAACUUUGGAGUACAAUCCAUGUUUGAUUCUCACAACAACUAUAAUUCACAAGAAACUAAUCAUAGCCACUAUUUUGAUUAUUCUAAUCAUAUGGUAGCUAAUAAUGGUGACAUAUCAGAGAAUUUUGAUCACAGUCAAGUCCAACCUAUUGUCUUUCCCGCGAAGCCGUUGAAGGUGAAAAGGAUGCUUGAUGUGCCAGAAUUUCAAGUGCAUGCAGAAGAUAAGAAAGACAAAUGUGUGAAUCCAACGAAAAAACCUCAUGCUUCAAAAGAUCUUCAAAGAUGCGUGACGAACACAGAGUCCAAGAAGAGCAAAAAGGUUGAUAGAAAUGGGAACAAGGCAGAAGAAACAAAUGCAAGUGUAGAUGGACAUAGCUCUAGUGGUUAUACCUCAGAGGAGCAUAACAUGUAUGAGGAAAUCAGUGGAGGGGCUACUUCAGCAUCUAAAUCAACUAUGGCUCUCAACUCAAAUGGGAAAACAAGAGCUAAUAGAGGAUCAGCCACAGAUCCUCAAAGCCUUUAUGCAAGGAAAAGAAGGGAGAAAAUAAACGACAGACUAAGAAUUCUACAGAAUCUUGUACCAAAUGGAACAAAGGUUGAUAUAAGCACAAUGCUUGAAGAUGCAAUCCAUUAUGUGAAAUUUUUGCAGCUCCAAAUCAAGCUUCUAAGUUCUGAUGAUAUGUGGAUGUAUGCUCCAAUUGCUUAUAAUGGACUUGACAUUGGAGUCAAUUUCAACCAGAAAAUUUCUCCACCACCUUGA